CAUGUCUUUGCAGAAGCACCUUCUGAACUCCCCAGCAACGCUGGUAUCAGAGUCUCUACAGGGCCUUUGCGCGGUCAAUCCCCAGCUUGCAUACGACCCGGAGAAUCAAGUUGUCUACAGAAGAACUAUUGACCCAUCCAAAGUCGCCGUUAUAUGUGGUGGAGGCUCUGGACAUGAGCCGUCGCAUGCUGGCUUCGUUGGAGAGGGUAUACUAAGCGCGGCUGUCUGUGGAAGCGUCUUUGCAUCCCCAAACGCCAGCCAAGUUCGUCGUGGAAUUGAUCUCGUGGAGAACGAUGCCGGAACCCUCAUUGUUGUCAAAAAUUAUACGGGUGACGUUCUGAAUUUCGGCUUGGCCAAGGAACAAUAUGCAGCCGAGCACGGCAAGAAACCGAAUCAAGUCAAGUUCUUAGUUGUCGGUGACGACGUCGCAGUCGGUAAGACGCAAGGAGACAUUGUCGGUCGAAGGGGCCUCGCUGGCGUCGUCCUUGUAUACAAGAUUGCCGGUGCGUUGGCAGCCCAGGGUGGAAGCCUCGAUGAAGUAUACAGCAUCGCCCAAUACGUCUCUUCCCGCAUCGGCACCAUUGGUGUCGGCCUCGAGCACUGUCAUGUACCAGGUACGGCCACGGGUGAAACUCACUUGGCCGCAGACGAAAUCGAGAUAGGACUCGGGAUCCAUAACGAGCCAGGAAACAAGCGCAUCAAGCCUGUCCCGCCUCUCAAGGAGCUCGUUCCACAAUUGCUUGACCUCAUCAUGUCCACAACCGAUAAGGAGCGCUCCUUCCUUCCAUUCAAGAACGACGGCAAGGACGAAGUUGUACUUCUUGUCAAUAAUCUCGGAGGUCUAAGUGAGCUCGAGCUGAGUGGGAUCACGCACUCUGCCAGCGAAGAACUGAAGAAUCGCAAAGUUGUUGUCUCACGAAUCAUCUCAGGUACAUUCAUGACCAGUCUGAACAUGCCUGGGUUUUCGAUCUCCCUUGUCCUCCUUCCCCGGGAUGGAGAUGUGGAUGCGCCAAAGGCUUCACAGGUCCUUUCUCUCCUUGACGCGAAGGCGGAAACACCAGGAUGGAAAUGGACGUCGACUUCAAAGCCUAACGCAUCCUUCACGCUGGAUAAGGGUCUCAAGUCAACGACAACUACCAAAUCGACAGACGCUGGCAGCCUUUCAGCGGCAGAUCCCAAGGGGUUCAUCGAGGCCAUCAAACGUGCUUGCCAGGCCGUAGUAGACGAGGAGCCUGAAAUCACCAGAAUGGACACCAUUGCCGGAGACGGAGACUGUGGACUUACACUGAAAGCGGGUUCCGAUGGUGUCAGUGAAGAGAUCGUUGCAGGCAACAUCAAAGGAACCGAUCUCGUAAACGACAUUGUUGACAUUGCCAAAGUCGCCGAAAAGAAGAUGGGCGGAACCAGUGGUGCACUUUAUUCGAUAUUCUUUUCUGCCCUGGCGCAAGGACUCCAAGCCAACGCUGGUUCUUCUACCACCGUGACAGACGACAUAUGGAAAUUGGCAUUGUCGGACGCUUUGGCGAAGCUGUACACCUACACUCGCGCCCGUCCUCCUUCGCGUACUCUCGUUGACCCCCUUGCUGCAUUCAUCACCAAUGUGGGUCAAGGCUUCCCGGCAGCGGUGAAGGAUGCUUCGGAUGCUGCAGAAUAUACGAAGAACGUCAAGGCAAAGGCCGGAAGGAGUGCUUAUGUCGAUAGCAGUUUGUUGACGAAGGAACAAGUGCCGGAUCCUGGAGCGUGGGGUGUUCGUACGAUUCUGCAGGCCUUGUUCGUGUAGAUGCAAACUUCGGUAUUAAAGUCCUGAAUGAUGGAAAGCAGCUGUAUUUGUAUCCGAGAUGGAUCGAUUGGGAAAUCGAUGUUAUCUAAUGAAGGAAUAACAAACCUGGUGAACAGUGUAAGCUC